GUAGCACUUGCACUGCGCAGUGCUGCGCGCCUACGCGGCAGCAGAGCGCCUCCUGUUGCAUCGCUCGUCGUUGGGGCUUGGGCCACACGGGUGCAAAACGCGAUGCGUCGCCAUCAAGCCAUGUUGCUGCUGCUCCUCCUCACGAGCACGGAUGCAUUCCAGCUCAAAACGGCACCAAGAGACACAACAAAGCUGCAAGCCAAGGUCGGCGACGCGCUCGGCGCGGGCCGCCAGCGCUUCUGCUGCGGCCUCGCGCCGCUGGACCCGCCGGCGCCGGGCACGGAGUUCAUGCACCCGCUGCUGUUAAGUGGCGCGGCGAAGACGCUGCGGGAGGCCGGCGCGGCCGCGAUCGUCGUCGACGACCCCGUGGCCUGCGACGCCGUCGCCGGCGACCUCGAGGCGGCGGGGUCCGACGCCGUCGUGCUUUACGCGGGCGACGACGCGCCGGCGAGCGCGGACGCCCGCCUCGUGGAAGGGGGCGAGGGCGGUGCUGGCAUCGUGCCCGUCGUCGAGGGCCUCGCGUCGGCGGCCGAUGUUGGUGCUGCGGCCCAGGCGGCGGCGGACAAGGGCUCGGAGGCCCUUGUUUUGAGAGGAGGCGACGUCGAGGUCAUCGGCCCCCUGGCGGACACGGCCGUGCCGGUGCUUCGGGAAUUACCCUUCGCCACGACAACUAACGUAGACGAUCUGGACACCGACGCCUUCGCCUGCAAGACGUUGGGGUAUGCCGGCGUCUUAUUAUCAAGCCAAUCGCAAAGCCCCGUCGGCGCGCUGAGCGAAGCACUAGUAAAUGCUCUGGGAGUGCUCCGGUCGAAGCGCUCGCGGACCUACGGCGGCGCCUGGUCCGAGUCGUCCGGCCGCGUGUCGGAGAGCGGGGACCAGGCCGAGGCCAUGAAGUGGGCGCGCUACAUGGAGACGACGACCAAAGCCGGCAUCGUCGGCGCGAUGGAGGGCGGCGCCGGCGAGGACGACGAGCCCCUCGACGAAGAACGAGGCGACUACAAGGCCUUCGACGGGCCGCCGGCGGCGGGGUCGACCGAGAAGCGGCCCGCGUCGACCGGACCGAACGUCCCGGGAAACGAGGACGCGCGGCAGGCGUCGCUCAAGAAGCUCAAGGACCGGGGCUGGAACACGUAAAUAUAUACUUAUGAUACAGGGUGUUCCGUCGGGCCGCUGGGGUUAGACUCCAGUGGGAGUCCCGCGGACCUCCGGUCCGCGCC